GGGAGAUUCGCCAAUCGGUGAAGACUCCGGUUCUCCCCAACCCCAGGCCUGGGCAGCUGGGCACUGGGGCGCCGUUCCCCACCCGGCGCGGACUUCGGAACCGGCCCGGGGACUGACUGGCUCUGCCACUCGAGCGCGUCUCCGCUGGACCCGGAACCCGGGUCGGUCCAUUCCCCGCGAAGAUGCGUGCCCUGGCGGCCCUGAACGCGCCCCCGAACGAGCGGCUGCUUCCCCGGGACCCCGCGGCUCCCCGGGACCCCGACGCCCCCCGGCCGGCGCGCAGGAGCGCAGUGGAGAGGCUGGCGGCGGAUCGCGCCAAGUACGUGCGGAGUCGGCCGGGGACUGGCCGGGGCGUCGCUUCCGAGGGCAGCGGUCCGGGGGCGAUCAAGUGCCCGGGGAACGAGCCUGGGCCCCCGGCCCGCACCCCGGCCCCGGUGGCGCGCAGGGCUAUUGCGCGGAAGCCAUUGAGACCGGACUCGCUGAUCAUCUACCGGCAGAAAUGCGAAUUCGUGCGAGGACCGGGCGCCGACGGCCCCAGGGCGAGCCUGAUGAAGAAGCUCUUCCAGGGGCAGGGUAAGGACAAGGCGCCGGUGCCCCGGACGGGAGACGAGGGCAAGGCCGGGAACCCGGAGACCGUCCCGACCACGCCUGGCCCCGCAGCGGACCCCGCACCCCCCGAGACCCCAGCCCCAGCCGCGCGCUCCGCGGCGCCCCCCAGUGUCCCGGCCGCGCCCCCUGGCCCAGAGCCGCGGGUGGUGAGGCGUCGGGGGCUGCAGCGCUCACAGUCGGACCUCAGCUGCCGCUACUCUGCUGCCUUGGCCGAGUCCGACACCUUCUUCCAGUACUGCGGCCUGGACCCCGAGGUGGUGGAGGCCCUGGGGAGGGAGAACUUCACCGCGGAGUCGGACUGUGUGACCCUCAAGGUGCGCAGCGUGAGCGUCGCCACCUCCGGCAGCGGCUUCUCCCGGCACAGCGGCGGCGACGACGACGGGCUGCAGGAGGAGGAGCUGAUGGAGCAGGUGCCCAGCACCACUUCGGUCAUCGAGAGGAACGCCCGCAUCAUCAAGUGGCUGUACACCUGUAAGAAGGCCAAGGAGACCCCCAGCCAGGAGCAGAGCCCGACCCGAGGUGUGUGCCCAGAAGGCUGGGGGCGGGGCUGGCCGUGUGCGGGGCUGUGAAUCUUGGAAGCAAACCUUCCCGAUGAUGAAGACUUCUUGAAGGAUUUCAUGGGUGACUUGGGAUCCCAGGACCAUUUGGCCAGUGUGCCUAGGUGACCACAUGAUUGCUGUUUUACCAGGAAUACAGCAUCCCAUUGACAAAGCUUAAGUGCUCUGAGAAGGUUUAAAAUACUACAGAGAAUAUGGGAACACAGACCUUGAAAUUUAGCUGAGUUGUAACAGCUAAAGCUCUAAGAGGCGUUUUCCUUGUUAGAGGUGAAACUGCUGUCACUUCCAGAGGGCGCUGGAAACCGUAAAGCUGUUUGGAAAUCUUUUUGACUGACUUGCUGACAAAGAGGUACUGUGAUGCAUUUUAACAAUAUCUAAGUUGAUUUUUUUUUAAAUCAAGGGAAAUAAAAACCAAGCAUGAAUGCUAUGUGCCCCUUUUGACCAUCCUGGGCUGAUUAGCAUCAUUUAAAUCAAAGUAAUCAUAAAAAGGCAUAUUCUGCUUCAAUUCUGUGGUCAAAAAAGAGUAAACACACACACUUACACAUGCUGACCCCAACUGCCAGAGCAUUACUGCACUAUAAAUUACGGUUAAUUCCCAAACUAUACUACUGUUAAUCUUAUUUAACAAGUCAGAAAGCACUUUUAAAAUAACUUGAGGGCUACAAGGUCAUUCUAUUAAUGUCAUUCUCCAUUUGGGUUGUAGGCAUGUGGAAGUACCCAUUAAAAAAUAAGUUAGAGUUUAAAUACUGAUAAACAAAACCUUUUAUUGCAACUGGACAGUUUCUGGAGAGUUGGCGGAAGAAUCUUGGAGUUUCCUUUGGUCAGAUGAAUACAACAUUUCACUUUUGCAGUACUAUUUAGAAUGUACUCCAUAGUUCUCUUGUUCCCAACUUCCAAAAAGAACAGAAAACUUUGGUUUACACAGAACACAGGCAUCUGAGGCAGGACCUCUUCCCUGCCCUUUGAUCUGACUCACACCUCCACCUGUGACGUAAUCAAUCCAAAUUUGACACCAAUUCACUCUUUUCUGCAAAGAGCAUAUUUUGAAACACGGGACAGCCUGAGGGUGGCUGUAAUGAGAAUGUUCAUGGGGGUUACUGGGUCCCUAAUUCUGAACUUGCUUAUGACACCCAGAGUAAAUAGAUUCAGAUUCAGAAGCUUCUGAGAAAUAACCCAAAGAAAAUUUGUUACCCAGCCAAUUCUUCGAAAGCUUAGUAUCAAAAUAUGUCUUUUCAAGAAGAAAAUCAUUAGAUAGAAGAAUGUGGAGGGGAGAGAAAUGGGUUUCUCAUUGAUAUGAUAUUUUGUUAACCAUUUCAUUUUGAAUUAUUCAAGUCUUGGUUAAUAUUGUAUUCUAUUUUCGUAACUAUUUUACCGUGAGAGUAGGUCAUUGGGUUACUUAGAUAUUUAUUUUUACACGGUUAUUAGUCUUCAGAUAGUUUUAUUUUACUUCAUAUGAUUUUAGUUUUUGUCAGUAUAAUUUUAAAUCAUGUUCUUCUUGGUCAUCUCUGUGUAUAUUGUGUAAUUGGAUUUUCAUUGACUGCAAGUGGAGUGUUUGCCACUCAGUUCAGUACUCAGUACUGUGGUGACUUGUUUUCAAAUAAGUCUCAGAUACACGUUUAGGGAGCCUUUGCUGGCUGAAUAUAGACUCUGUCAGGACAGCAGGUCCCCUGACGUAAGAAUUUUCACCAAUGGUUGCUCUAAAAAUGCUGCUAUUUUGCUGUUCACUGUAUUGAACUUAGUUAAAAAAAAAGAUAGUGUCAAAGAUGAGAGCAGUUUUUUAAAGGAUCUUUUCAUAUACCCAAUUCCCUUAUUUUCAGAUGUCCCAUCAAUUUUAUAUAUGAAAGCUUUAAGUAAAAGUGUGCAUGCCUUUCUACUGUCAGAACAGGAUGGAUGCAGCCUGGGGCAGAUUUAUUUAAGAUAAAAAUCAUGCAGACUCAUCAUUCAUAUCAUCGGUGAAAAAUAUAAAAACAAAAUGGUUUCCACUAAAGCCACCAAGAUCUUUUAGAAAUGUUUGCACCUUUGGUGGUGGCACAGGAAAAGAGAAGAAUUCAGUUGGAGUGAAUUCUAGAAGUAGAUAUCAGAAACGGGGCAUGAAGAACAGGGGAACUGGGUGGCAUCAGACUCCUAAAGAAGUGAGUUAAUUUUCCUUCCCUUCCAUUCAGAUUCAUGCCACAGCUCCAUGUCUUGAGUAUGUGUAAGAGGUGAGUUCUUUCUUCAGCCAGGGUUGGUGGCUCAUGCCUUUAAUCCCAAUGCUUUGGGAGGCCAAGGUGGGAGGAUCACUUGUGCCCUGGGGUUCAAGGCUGCAGUGAACCAUGAUUGCACCACUGCACUCCAGCCUGAGUGACAGAGCAAGACCCUGUCUCUAAAAAUAUAUACAAAAAGUAAAACUAAAGAACUUCUUGCCUAAACCUGAAUUACCCCAAUUUGCUGAGUGACUUUGAGAAAAAUCAGACUGUUUAUUUCAUUCUGGAUGAAAAGCUUGCGAUUGCUUCCCACAAGAAUGGGCAAUAGUGACAGCUGCAAGGUAGUUUUAUUUGUUCAUGAAAGAAUGACAAUUUUUUAAAAUGUAAUGAAACAUAAUGGAAUGUUUUAAACUACUGGGCACUGAAACUGGAACAAAAAGGAGGCUUUAUUGAACAUUGGCCUUUUUCAGUUGGUUCAAAGUUCAGCACUGUGGUUAUCAUUGGUGAUGCCAGAAAACAUUAGUAGACUUAGACAAUUGCUAUGGCACUUUCUAAACAGAGCUUUUUCUAUACACUAUUUGCAACUGGAGUGCAAUAUUGUAUAUUCUGUAUUAAAGAAAUAAAGUAUUUUUAUCAUUUAUUAA